CGAAACAUCAUGUGCAAGGAACCUGCUGUUGGAAUCAUCGAGCUCGUCGCAGCCGCGAACGAGGGCGACCGCCUGAAGCUUCUCAACGACGAGUCAGUUCCGGAAGGAGACCUCGACAACUCUAUCCAUCCCAUCUUCAGCGACUCAAACUUCCCAGGAGAGACCAAACACAUGCAGCAAGCGUUCCGUUUAGCGUCCCUAUUUAUUCGCUACGAUUCUGUCCUCGAAUUCUUCCUUCCUCUUGUGUACGGAAGAACCCUCACUGACCACGCAUCCAAAAAGCAAUACAUUUCAAACCCCUUGGCCUCCAAGUCUGACGAGGAGAGAGCGCUUUACUUCGAAGGCGUUCGUGAGGCUUUACAUUGUCUAUCUCAUUGCGUUACCUUCCACUGGGUGAGCAACACCGAGAACAGGCUAUGGGCACGUACUCUGCUACACUCGCCUCGGCCCACCCACGCACCCAACUGCACCACGGCCUUUCAGUAUGAUAUUUCCACUCUAAUCGAGCUAAACGAGAAGUUCCAACAGUUCUACGACGACGAAGAAACGGGAUACAGAGCUGGAACGCACUGCGACCAAUUCCGUCAUGACUUCCAAUUCGCGGCAACACUUAUCCAUGAGCUUGCGCAUGCAUUCGGCAUUAUGCGUAGGGGAAGGCUGCUAGAGCCCUACAUCCGCUUAGACCACCCUGACAAUGAAUGGGGAUAUGCCUGGGAGAAUUUCAUGUUCGGUGCUGUUAUCAAUCCACAGGAAAGGAGGCAGCCCGGCACUCAUGCUCAUUUACGGAAAAUAUGGGCCCACCCUGACUUUGCCAGCCAACAAGGUGGUAAGGAGUACUGCGCUAUUCCAGUCUCUUGGACGGCGCAGUGGUUCCGCAAGGAGACAUGGGCGCGCAUUGAAAAAGAGGGCCCAAGCGCCAUCUCGCCUUCUGUCGUCCAGCUCAAGAUCGUAGCUUCGUCCAAGUACUCCCGCUGGCUCGUACUUACUGACCGUCCGGAAACUCAGGAAGCGGUUCGAAAGCUGCACGACAACGCGGUAGAGACCCGCGCCAAAGCCCAACGCACCACCCAGGAAGAGAAGGAGUUGAGCAGGGCACUUUGGCGCCUUGUUGACUCCGAAGAACUACAAGAGUCGAACGUGCCAAUUCCUACCCGCAUAGCGCCGAAGUACCAGAACAUGUCA